GAUAUAUAAAAUUCAUGGGCCGCUUCUUGGACUCUGCAGAAAAGCAUUUCAUGACGGGCUAUCAUGUGAAUUACUACAUCUUCACCGACAAUCCUCAAGAAAUCCCCUUCGUCCAGCUUCAGCCCGGACGAAGCCUCAGCCUCGUCCCCAUCAGAAAAUACAAGCACUGGGAAGAGAUCUCCAUGCGGCGGAUGGAAGCCAUAAACCUCCACAUCUCAGAGACCAUCCACCGCGAAGUGGAUUACCUCUUCUGCUUGGACAUUGAUAUGGUGUUCCAUAACUCCUGGGGCCCAGAGACCCUGGGGGAGAUGGUAGCAACGAUCCAUUCGGGCUACUAUGACAGCCCAAGUCGGAAGAUGUUGCCUUAUGAGAGGAGAAAGGCUUCAGCGGCCUACAUCUCUAGUGGAGAGGGGGACUUCUACUACAGUGGGGCUGUCUUUGGCGGCCUGGUCAAGAAUGUGUAUGAGUUUACCAGGGCUUGCCACAUGACCAUACUGGCUGACAAGGCCAACGGCAUCAUGGCUGCCUGGCAGGAAGAGAGCCAUCUGAACAGACACUUCCUGUCCAAUAAACCUUCCAAGCUGCUCUCACCGGAGUACAGCUGGGAUGACCAGAGGCCAAAGCCUUCUGAGCUGAGGGUCAUACGGCUCUCAUCGGUGGCUAAGAAUUUCAAGGAGGUAAGGGAUUAAUGCUCCUUGGAUGGAUCUAGGAUUCUCCAUGUCCAGUUGUGGAGAAGAGGCAUCAGAAUCAAAUUCUU